AUGGCUGCCUCGCCGAGCUCCGUGGACGCCACGUCCGAUGCAGAGCAGCCAAGCUCUCCCGCCCCAGCAGAAAGCAAAUCAUUCGCCUCGCGCGCCGAUGCUGACGACGAAGACAACACCAUUAUUGCAACGCCCUCCGAGGCCGCUGAGAAGCCCUCCAGGGGCAAGGGCAGAGGAAAGGACAAGGACAAGGACAAGGACGCGCAAUCAUUGAUUGGCAAAAUCAGGCACUUGAAGAAGGAAGACGGAGAGCCCCUUUGGCGCAAGGAUAUCCAGUACGAUUUUCUCAGGGCCGUCUUUGACAAUGACCAAAAGGUCUUCACCAACUCGUAUGACCCCGAACUGGAGAAACAGUGCUUCGCCGACUUGUACAUAGACACCAUGGCUCGGAGUUCCAAGACAAGCAAGGUGCUCAGGGAUAAGCUGAUGAAUGACCGAGAGGCUGCCAAAGGCAUGGCCAUGGUCUGUUUGCUGGUCAACAUGGGCCGCAUGAACACUACACUCAAUUUCUUUCCCGAGAUGCGAGCACAGCUGCGGACAUACCACGCUAUCCCCUCUCUGCAAGCACAGCAAGAUCCUCACGCCUACAAGCAGCUACAGGAUGCCCCACGACUCAAGUCCAUCUUGAAAGGCGGCGCGGAAGACAGAGACGAGCCUACUUCCCUAGAAAAGAUCAAACAACACGAUAUCCCGCGCACCAACCCCGUCAACCUCAUCUUUGUCAUGUGCAACUCGGCGUUGAAGGUUGCAGAACUUCACUUUCCACCCCAUCGCGAGUUUCAUGAUGUCAUUAUGAAAACCCAGUACAGCAGCAUGUCUAGAGCCAAGGCCUUUUUAUGGCUAAUGUGGUUCUAUCUAGAAUCCGACUUCACCGAAGAAGGAUGCGAAGAGAACCCUUUUGGAGCCGGUGUUGAUUAUGGUGUUGAUGUUGCCAACCAGGGCGUGCCUGAGCUUCAAGAAAUGACCGAUGAACAGAAAGCUGCAGAAAACGUUGACCCAGAGGUUGAAAUUGAAUUUGGCCACGAGAAGCAGAAAAUCCGAGCUACCAUCUUGGAGAUGGACCAUCAGUUUUUGACAGAACGGGAGAAACGUGGGAAAACGCGGCCAUCGGUGGCAGACGACGGCCCCGCCAUCUUGCCUCGAAUUAGACCUUCGAAGCAUGAGUCUGAUAUGGAGAGCAAUCGAUCGACUCCGCCUAGAUCACUCGCCAGAAAAAUUGCCACUAUGAACGGACACAGAUCUGCGCCUCUCAAGUAUCAAAUCUUCGAGGGCUCUUCGCCGGCUCGCCAUGGAGGCGACGGUGUUGUCGCCCGAAAGCCUCGUCCCCCAACAGCCCAUCAGCUUGCUGUUGAGCGGAAUAGAAGCCAGAGAGUCGAGUAUAUUCUAGACCGUGGCCUCCGAAAACAUCAUCACAAAAGCAGGAAGCUCAGGCGGCAAGAGGGCGCCAUCGUGAGGACAUACAAUCGCCUUCAGGCUCAGGCUGAUCCUUUCGAAGACAGCGACGCCGAGGACCAUACUCCACGCAGCUUACCCGUCAAUGGCGACAAGGGCAAGAACGUUUUCAGAGAGAAGGGCAUUGGCGGCCUCUGCCUCUUGGCCACGGACGCAGACGACUACGGAGAGGAGGUGAGCUCGUAUGCUGCUGCCAUUAGACGGUCAACACGGCGUCUCGCCCGCUGGAGAGGGCAUGAAGCCGAGCUCGGCGUGAUCCCUAUAGUCAAGAAGCCCAAGCCGGUGACGGCCAGCGACAAUGCCCACGAUGAAACUGCGGCUGAUGCCUCAGACAAUCUCGCUGCCGAAGGCUCGAAUCCCAAAGUCAAUGGCAGUGCGUCUAAAGGUGAUGACAAAGAUAUCAACGGCGACGCUACGAUUGCGGACGAUGUGGAGAUGGAGGAGGCCGACAAUAUGGCACUUGCAGAUGAGGAAGCUGACGAUGCAGACAAGACAGAAGUCAUGGUAGAUUCGGAGAUGGAGUAG